GUUCUAUGUUGCCUUCUUGUAUCACAGGUUAAAGUUUUGUUUUCCAGGUGCUGUAGCAGGAGUAGUUGAUCAACCUCUUCAGGUGCUUGUUUCUCCAGACCUUGGUACAAACUCAUCAGUUAGAGUUGCAAGUGGAGUUGUCACAGGGGUUGGGAAAGGACUUGUUGGAGUAGUUGCAAAGCCAAUAGGUGGAGCUGCAGAGCUUGUUUCCCAGGCUGGACAAGGUUUGUUGGAAGGAGCAGGCUGGGGGAGGAAACUAGUCCGGAAGUAUAGUCCAGUAACAGCGUUCUGCAGAGACAGGCACAACAGUCACUUGAAGCUUGCAUGGAAGGUUCUGCAAGGGCUGGGUAGAGAUAAAGUGGUUUUAUGUCUGGAAGCAACUCAUCUUAACCAUUCUGGCAGUUACAUCUCUGACGUGCUUGUUUUAACAACCGAGGUUUUAUGUGUAAUCAACAAAGAAGAAGAUACACAACAGCAAACCUUUGCAAUAACGGAAGUGGAGUGUCGUGGGUCAGUCAGCGACCUGAGUGCAAUAUACCUGGUGUUACGGGAAAAGAUUGGGAAACUUCCACCCGAAAUGAAAGCUGCUCAGGAGAGUAAUCUCGAGAGGGUUGCUGAUUACAUACACAAAACAGCUCAGUUCACCUCAAUCGGAGCUCAGUGGCUAUCUAGAGAAGACGACCAAUCGGAGGCCUCCUUCCAAACGGCUGAUGACUCUAAUUCCGUAUAUCAAUAUUAUCUCCAUCCAAAACUUCGUGGACUCUUCCUCGUCCAGUUUCAGUUGGUACAGAGAGAAGCUUUAGGAAGAGGUUUUAGAUUGUAAUUAUUUCCAGGAGUAUGGAUAUUCAUGUCUGUGAUUUAUAUAUAAUUGAGUAUUUUCAUAUGUUUGUAGCAUUUUCUUAUGCAUGGAGAUCCAAAACAUGUGACUGAAAUGUGUGUCAUUUUCUUGCACAAAGGUUUGUAGUAUAAUAAGCAUCACAAUACACAACCUACCUUAAUUUUCACACUUAACUAGGACAGAUCAGUUGAAACCACAGGUGUUUUGUUAGGAUUAAGUAAUUUGUCUGACCACUGAAAAACAAAGAACUUGUUGCACUGUUUUAUUGUUUGUGUUAUAAGAGUUUAGUUUAAGAAUUUAAACUGUGAAAACUUAGUUGUGUCUACUGUUAAUGUUUAGUUGGAAUUUAAGGAUUUCACGAGUAACAGUAAACAACUAUCGGUCCUCAAGUGUGAAUAUCAGAUAACUGUCAAUUUAAGUCCCAUGUGUAUAAUAGCAUCAUUGUUUUCUACUGUAUAUUUUGAACUGUUGUCAGAAACAAUCCUGACAACAGUGAUGAACUGAGUGUAUAUCUUAUGUGAGUACCACCCAUCUAACGUUCCACAUGGUGUGAUAUAGACAAGGAAGUCUAUGACACAAACUCUUGUUAAGCAUUGUUAAAUUCUAAUAAAGUUUUAACCACAACACACUAAAUAUAUAGGGUUAAUAAAGUCUAUUUAUUCUUAUAGAACUUGUACAAGAAAGUUGCUGUUAGUAUAAGUUAAAAUAUUGUGGUUUUUGAGCAGAUUAUUUUACAUUACACUGGUGAUAAUCUGAGGGAGUUGAAUAUGGGCGGUCAUUUUUAUAUUCCUAUAAGCAUUACAUUCAGAAUAUAUUUGUAAAACUAUGACAAUCUUUCAGUGCUGUAUGUAAUUAUACCAUAGUGUAUUCAGUCACAGGCCUAAAAAAUCAGUAAUGUUUAAAUAUAAACACAAGUAUAUCUGUGUUGAAGAGUUAACAAUAUCGUAAACAAACUCGGUAAUGUUUAAAUAUAAACACAAGUAUAUCUGUGUUGAAGAGUUAACAAUAUUGUAAAACAAACUCAGUAAUGUUUAAAUAUAAACACAAGUAUAUCUGUGUUUAAGAGUUAACAAUAUCGUAAAACAAACUCGGUAAUGUUUAAGUAUAAGUAUAUCUGUGUGUUGCAGAGUUAAUAAUAUUAUAAAACAAAAUCAAUAAUGUUUGUUAAGUAUAAAUAUAUCUGUGUGUUGCAGAGUUAACGGUAUUGUAAAACAAACUCGGUAAUGUUUAAGUAUAAAUAUUAGUAUAUCUGUGUUGAAGAGUUAACAAUAUUGUAAAACAAGUGUUAAUGUUCGUAAAGUAUAAACACAAGUAUAUCCGUGUGUUACAGUUAAUAGUAUAAAUAUUAUAGUUACCCUAAGGCAAAACUAAACCUGGUAAUGCUGUUUAAAAAUGCAUGUCUUAUUUCUUACAGUUAUGUAACUAUAGUAGAUUAAACAGUAAAGCAGAACAGUAUCGGUAAUAUUGUUAGGAGUUCAGGUUUUGCAACUGGCAGUAAAUAUAACCAAGAUUUUUAUGAGCUAUUAUGUCUUUAAAAGCACCUAUAGUUGUUAAACUGUAAUCAGGAGCAUCGUUAAGGGAGGGGGGUAGGGCAGCAAGGGUGUUUACUAAUAAAGGGGCCACAAAUGGUAGUCAUGUAGAAUUAACACAUAUUACGACAUGGCAUAUGGACCCGAGUUGAAGGGGGGGGGGGACUUUGUUAAAUUAUUCUACUGCUUGUGAUGUGCUAUAAGUUUUGUAAAUUUUCAAAAUUAUUAUUGUUCAAAAGGUAAGAGAAAGAUAAAUAUCACAGCUUAUGUUGUUAUUAAAACACACAAAAUAUGUUUUGUAUUUUGAUAUCAAAGCUAGGCCGAUCUCUCUACCUUCAGGAGCACGAUUUGUUUAGCUUCUGUCUUCAGCGUGUAGAUAUGUUUUAGUUUCAUUCUUCCCACCGUAUUCAGAAGUAGAUUCUGGAGCUAUUGUCGGUAACUUACGCUGAUUAUGAAGAAAUAUUACAAAAACUGUUUAAUAAGUAAAGCUUUGUAUUACAUCGUGGUUAUCUUGCAUAAGGUAUAAGUAUUACCAUAGCAACAGAAUCAUUUAGGGGAGAUAAUUCAUUGAGACAUUUUUUUCUUUCCAUUUGAGUUUCAUUAUGUGUAUACAUAAAAGAAAAUUCAAAUUCUUUAUUUCAAAGUUAAAUACUUUUACCAAAAUUAUUUGAUUUUCAACUGUUCUAAUUACAUCGUACCAGAGGUUUCCGUUCUGGAUUGUACAUAGAUGCUACCGUUAGACACUGGUAUCUUUAACUUUAUUGUUAUACUGAAUUUGAUCUAAUUAUUUAUGUUAUUUUGGAGUAUAAGAGAAUUCAUUUCUUUUCUUGGAACAUUUUAAAUAAUGAAAAUUAUUUCAUUUACAUUUAGAUGCAUUUAAAGGAAGUUUUCACAUUUUCCCAAGACAGUUUGUUUGUUUUGUAACUGAAAACUGAUUGUUCAUCACUACCACACGUUUUUGACAACAGUGUUUAGUGUGAAAAAAAAAGUUUCUAUUAAUAUUAAAAUGUUUGUUUUUGUAAAUUAGUAACUGCAAAAUUAUCUAGAAAACAGAUCAUGUAUCGAAGAUUUUUGUGUAACAAGCUUUCAAACAGUCACACCAAAGUAUUUUUCUCUGUGUGAAAAUUUUAUUAGUAUUAUAUGGACAAUUAUUAUUUACAAAUUCACAUCAACAGAGGAGAGGUAGUCAUUUCAUUCCUUCAAGUGAUUAAAGCCACAAUUUUAUAAUAUACAAGUGGCAGGAUAUCACCUUGGUGCUGGUUUUGUGUUGUUGUUUUUCUUUCAUCAGUGAGAGUAUCUCCUAUGUAUACCCCUACUUUUAACGAUAUAUUCACUGCUAUGUUUUUUUUUUUUCCAAAAUGAAAGGCCAUAUUGGAAGAUAAAAUCUUGUCGGGACAUUAAAACAGUUUAAUUUAC